AUGAUUCCACAAUCAUUGCCCCGCUAUUACGCUGCUUCAACCAAUCGCCAUGUCCGAGAGGCUUCGAUUGCAUCAUCGACGCUGGCUGGCGCGUUGGAGGUCGUGAGGCGCAGGCUCGCUUGGAUCUCAAAUACGCAUUUUGUCAGUUUCGUCCUUUCCCCUCCUCCCCAUUACCGAGUUCAACAAGGACUAUAUAUCAUCCAUCGUCUCAGGGAGUGUCUCUUGAUGCGCUUCCCAUCGUUCCCUAGCAUCGUCCGCAGACUCUACACGUUCGGCAACGCAACCGCAUUUCGAUUCCAACAACCGCUGCGGGGUAAUCGUCUCUCGCAAACCCAUCGCGCCGCUGUCCCCAAGUCUAUGUCCUCAAUCCCUUUCUUGAGCGCUCUAUUCGGAACCUCGACUCCGGCUUCAGCCAAGAUGACCUAUCCGGACACAAGAUCAAAUGAUGAGUGGAGGACCGUGCUGAACAAAGAACAAUUCCGCAUCCUUCGCGAAAAGGGCACCGAAGCCCCCUUCACGGGCGAAUACGACAAGCACAUGCCCGACCAGGGCGUCUACACCUGCGCCGCCUGCAAUGCGCCCCUCUACAAGGCCAACCACAAGUUCAAGUCCGGCUGCGGCUGGCCCGCGUACUUUGACAGCAUCCCCGGCGCCGUGACACGGCACACGGACAGCAGCUUCGGCAUGGAGCGGACCGAGAUCGUCUGCUCGAACUGCGGCGGGCACUUGGGACACGUCUUCAAGGGUGAGGGCUACCCGACGCCGACGGACGAGAGGCAUUGCGUGAAUAGUAUCAGUUUGAAGUUCCACGACAAGGAGGAUGAGACGUCUGCAAAGGAAGGGAAUGGGGAGGCGAAAUAACGGCAUCUUCUGAGAAUUUAAAAAAAAAAAAAAUGAUUACUAUGGUCGACGGCUUUUUCAGCGAAGGGGGAGGAGGCAAAACAAUGUGCCUCAACCGAAAUGAAUUCAGCGAUAUGUCUGUCGAAUCUGCAAAGGCACGACGAAGAAUGAGGAACUGAAUGUGCGGUUUCUAGAUAUAUAAGGCGGUUAGAAAAUCUCACAGCCUAUGUUCGCAGCCGUCGCUCGCGGCUCACCUUGCUUCCAGCUUUGGGUUAAUGCGGCCCUGUGUUCUCCCCGGGCUCGCAGUGUGGCUAUGUACCUCGUUCUAGGUAUACUUGAUAAAUUCCCC